AUGACUAAUAAAUCUUUCAUUACCGUCACCCCCAAAUCCUCCCCUUCAACCAAUCGAACCAAAAAUUCUCGUAAAACACGCGUGACCCAUGCACGUGUCCAGAAAGUAAAAGUUACCACGUUGGGAAGAGCAUCGUGUGUAUCGGAAAAGCAACCAUUUAGAACUUGUGUCAGAUGUAAAGAAAGUUCCAAUAAUGUGAAAAUGUUGUCGGCACGGGUGGAAAGAAUUGAGCAAUUGGUCAGUGAGCUAGCGAAUACAACUGCGAAUUUUUCAAAGAACACUACUUGGAGGUUUGGAAAUAUUGAUCUGAAGGCUUGUAGUCUCGAAGAAUUACAAAAACUCGUGAUCAGCACUACUACAAGCAUGAUGCCUCCUCCCCUUAAACCCACCAUCACCGAUAAUUUUUGUUCUGAACCAUCGGAGCUCCCACAGUUUUCUGGCGUCGCAUCCACAAAGAAAACAGCUUCGUCAAAUUUGGAUUAUACGUUGCGUAAAGAUUCUGGAUUCGCGGAAACCAAAUCUUCCGAUAUUGAAAUCGGAAUUCAACAUAAUAAUAAUGCCACAAAUUAA